AAACACUGACCCUCUCCCACAGAGCCUCAGCCAGUGACACUGCUUCCUGGAUGAGAAGGACGGCCCUGAAGCCCACAGCAAAGCCAGCCCCACAGUCCCUCCAGUCUCCUUGCAGCUCCCCAGCAGCCCAGACCCACCACCGGCCCUCCAGGACCAGAGGCGCUCCAGACAGAAACUCAGGCAUUUGCUGGUCCUGAUGUCAGUCAGGGACAACAUGGGGCCUACCCCCUCGGAAGGGUUCACCACAGCACCUGCCAGUGACUUUGGGGAGAUCCACAACUGGAAUGAACUGCUCUACUUCUUCAACCACACUUUGCCCGAGUGCCACAUGGAGCUCAGGGAGGACACCAAGCAAGUGACCCUCUUUGUCCUCUACCUGGCCAUCUUCGUGGUGGGGCUGGUGGAGAACCUCCUGGUGAUCUGCGUCAACUGGCGCUGCCUGGGCCGGGCGGGGCUGCUCAACCUCUACGUUCUCAACAUGGCCAUAGCAGACCUGGGCAUCGUCCUAUCUCUGCCCGUGUGGAUGCUGGAGGUCAUGCUGGACUACACCUGGCUCUGGGGCAGCUUCUCCUGCCGCUUCACUCACUACUUCUACUUUGCCAACAUGUACAGCAGCAUCUUCUUCCUGGUGUGCCUCAGUAUCGACCGCUACGUCACCCUCACCAACACCUCUCCCUCCUGGCAGCGCCACCAGCACCGGAUGCGGCGGGCCGUGUGCGCGGGUGUCUGGGUCCUCUCUGCCGUCAUCCCACUGCCCGAGGUGGUGCACAUCCAGCUGGUGGAGAGCUCGGAGCCCAUGUGCCUCUUCAUGGCGCCCUUUGAAACGUACAACACGUGGGCCCUGGUGGUGGCCCUGUCUACCACCGUCCUGGGCUUCAUGCUGCCCUUCCCUCUCAUGGUGAUCUUCAACGUGCUGACGGCCUGCCGGCUUCGGCAGGCGGGAUGGCCAGAGGGCCGGCGCCACUGCCUGCUGGUGUGUGCCUACGUGGCCGUCUUUGCCGUCUGCUGGCUGCCCUACCACGUGACCCUGCUGCUGCUCACGCUGCAUGGCACCCACGUCUCCCUCCACUGCUACCUGGUCCACCUGCUGUACUUCUUCUACGACAUCAUUGACUGCUUCUCCAUGCUCCACUGCGUCGUCAACCCUAUCCUCUACAACUUUCUCAGCCCGAGAUUCCGGGACCAGCUGCUGAGUGCUGUGGUCCACUACCUUCCCAAGGUCCGGGCCAGGGGGGACAGACGUGCUUCCUCCCUCUCCUCCUCCUCCACUCAGCACUCCAUCGUCAUCAUCAAGGAGGGCGCCCAGCCCGCCACAGCAGGCCCCAGCAACACCCAGGCCUGAACUUCUAAGCGCCAACUACCUCGCCCAUCCCUGCCCCUCAGCCUCUCCUAGGCAGCUGAGGUAGAUCCCACUCUUCUCCAUCAGCAAACUAGGAGGCUAGACGUGUAGGUGAGAGAUUUUUUUGGGGGGGGGGGGAAGGGUCAGAACACUCAUGGUUAAUUUUGAGUAUGUCCUGUAAUAUUGAGGUGAGAGGAGGAGAGGGAGCCAGGGAGGGGUCGAGAACAAGUCCUCAGUGUUGUACUAUUUGUCUCGGUCCUCAGGACUAAAGAAGACACUCAGGAAAAAAAAAAGUGAAAUAAAUAACAGAGACAGCUAUGACUCUGGCUCUUUCAAAACUCUGUACUUCCAGCUGGGAUAGGCUAAAGAGAUGCUCAACAGAGACGCACUCAUUUCAGCAAUCACCCUGGCCGGAAGGAGUGUGCUCCGCAGGGAGCUCACACAACUUUCCUUUUGUGUUUGUGUGUUGCUGUUCUCCCAGAGAACUAUGCAGGCUGUGAGGACAAGAGGUCAGAGGCCAAGGAACCAGGAGGCCUCAGCAGGACGUUUCCUAGCAUCCUCAGUGAGAUGACAAAUGGAGGGGGGUGAAGCAGAGGUCUGGCUCCCCACCCUUCCCACCAUCCAGGAAGUGGCUCCAUUUCCUUGCUGAUACUCUCCCCUUCAUCCAUCCUGCUUCCCUCCCCCCGAAGCAGAGGAGCCAUCCCAGAGUCAGUGCUCCUCACAGCCCACCUGCUCCUGGCUUCAGAUCUAGGACAUCUCCAGACUUCUAGAAAGAGAGGCUAUCAGAAAUCCAUCCCCAUCCUGCGCUUUCUCUCCAGAUCAUAGGAAAAUAUCAAAGGAUGUCCAUUCUGGGAGCAGACCUUGGGACAGCCAGCAGCAGGCACUGACAGAUGCUCUGUCGCUCAGCCCUUGUCCCCUGCAUGGGAUGGGGAGGCAGAAAUUUUCUGAUUCUGCCACAGGGCAGAGUUCUGGUAUUCUUACUUUUUAAAAAAUGUUUAUUUAUUCAUCUUUGAGACCAAAAGAGUACAAGUAGGGGAGGGGCCGAGAGAGGGGGAGACACAGAAGCCAAAGCAGGCUCUAGGCUCUGCGUUGUCAGCACAGAGCCCGAGGUGGGGCUUGAACUCACAAACUGCGAGAUCAUGACCGGAGCUGAAGUUGGACGCUUAACCGACUGAGCCACCCAGGGGCCCCGCUCUGGUAUUCUUCUAAGUCUGUUCUCACUGCUAAACUUCAUUCUCCUUGGCCAGGUCUUUUCAUAAUUUUCCUGUCCUGCAACUUACUUCUAUUCAUGCUUGUCCCAUAGAUAGGAAAUGAAGUCUUCUUAUUAAUAAGUAGGUCUUCUGGGGGCACCUGGUGACUCAGUCGGUUAAGCAUCCAACUCUUGAUCUUGGCUCAGGUCAUGAUCUCAAGGUUUGUGAGAGUGCAGAGCCUGCUUGGGGUUCUCUCUGCUCCCCCCCUACUCAUACUCUCUGUCUCUCAAAAUAAAAGACAAUUUUAAAAAUCCUAAAAAAAAAAAAAAAAAAAAAUUAGGUCUUCUGUAAACAACUCAUUUUAUCAGGGUCCCUGGGUGGCUCAGUCAGUUGAGCGUCCAACCUCAGCUCAGGUCAUGAUCUCACAGUUCGUGGGUUCGAGCCCCGCAUUGGGCUCUAUGCUGACAGCUUGGAGCCUGGAGGCUGCUUAGGAUUCUAUGUCUGCUUCUCUCUCUGCCCCUCCCCCACUCACGCAUUGUCUCUCUCUCUCUCUCUC